AUGUAUGAAGUUUGUGAUGAUUUAAAAUUGGUUUUGAUUAAAAACAACGUUUUACUGUAUGAUGAUGAUGAUGAUGAUGAUGAUGAUGAUGAUGAUGAUGAUGAUGAUGAUGAUGAUGAUGAUGAUGAUGAUGAUGAUGAUGAUGAUGAUGAUGAUGAUGAUGAUGAUGAUGAUGAUAAUGAUGAUGAUGAUGAUGAUGAUGAUGAUGAUGAUGAUGAUGUCAAUGUAGAUGCUGACCUACCACUAUACACUGGAGCAAAUUUAACUGUCACUCACAGCAUGCUUUUGAUUUUCACAAUUUUAAUCAAACAUAGUGUCAGCCUGGCUUGUCUUGAAGAUAUUAUUCAAAUUAUAAAUUUGCAUUGUCCCAAUCAAAAUUUAUAUAAAAAUUCUUUGUACAAAUUUAAGAAAUUUUUUUCGUUAGAUAAAAAUAAGAGAAAUAUGAAGAAACAUUUCUUCUGUACUUCAUGUAAUCGUGAGUUACAAUCAGCUGAUGAUCGAUGCCCAUCUUGUAGACGGAAAAAAAAUUCUUACUUCGUUACAUUGUCUAUUGUAAAACAAAUUAGAGAAAUGUUCAAGCGAAAUAGUUUCAUUAACAGUUUACAGCAUCGUUUUCAAAGAAUUAUUCAUAAUAAUGUCAUUAAUUAUAGGAAUAUUAGUUUCAGUUGGUACACUGAUGGUAUACCAGUCUUUAAAUCCUCUCAAGUUAGCAUGACACCCUUCUUUUUGACAAUUAAUGAGUUGCCAUUUGAAAUAAGAAAGUUGAGGGAAAAUACCUUAUUAUUAGGUUUGUGGUUUGGUAAAACGAAGCCCAGUCCAAAUUUAUUCAUGAGCAAAUUCAAAUCCCAACUGUCUAAAAUGGUAAGAGGAAUCACCGUUAAAAUACCAGGUCAACUUCAGCCUAUAAUAGUUAGAGGAAUAGUUAUAGCUGGAACAGCUGAUACUUCAGCAAAAUCGGAUUUCUUGAACUUCAAAAAAUUUAAUGAAGUGUUAGAAUUGAGAACAGCUAGAGACUGUAUAAUUUGGGCGCAAACAGCUACAGAAGAAAAUCCGGUGAUGGGAAUUAAGGGACCCACUGCUCUUUCAAUUUAUAUGGCUGACUUUAUCCAAGGAAUGGCAAUUGAUAGGAUGCAUGGCGUUAAUGGGGGCAUAAUCAAGAAGAUUUUGACACUUUUAUUUGAUGUUCAGUAUCGAGAGGAAGGAUUUUCUUUGUAUGAUAUGAUUGAUACGGUCAAUAAUCGAUUGAUGUCUAUCAAAACUACAAAGUUUAUCCAUCGUUCAACUCGUACUAUUACUGAAGUCAUUCACUGGAAAGCAUCUGAAUUAAGAGUGUGGGCGUGUUAUUAUUCAUUACCAGUGUUGAAGGGUAUUUUACGUCAGGAUCUAUUCGAAAAUUACAAGCUAUUAAUAGCAGCUAUUUUUAGUUUUAACGAAAUUACCGAAGAAUUACUAAACGUAGCCGAAGAUUUUUUAAAAAAAUUUGUGAAAGAUUUUGAACAAUUGUAUGGAUUGAAAUUUUGUUCCAUAAAUUUACACCAGCUACUCCAUUUGCCAGAUUGUGUUAGAAGACUUGGGCCUUUCUCAAUCAACGGCACCGAUCAUAUCGAUAUCCAGGUUGAAAGCUCCCAUAACAGAACUAUAAGACACGUGAGAUAUACAGAAACUUUACCCGAAGGAAAAAUUAAAGACUUUUGUUUAAAUAGAAAAAAACAAGCGAAAAUAAUUGAACGGAUUGGAUACAAAACUUACAGUAUUGGGACUUACAAAAACAUGGAUGAACGACCAAACAAUCUACGAAGAUUGUUACGAAACGCUAAUAUUGAUGACAAUGCAAAACUGUAUCAAUAUUUUAGAAUGCUAAAGGAUAGAAAACUUAUUGUAUCAACAAUGUAUCCAAUAGAACUUCAAACUCAAUCGAACGCGGUAUGUUAUUCAAACAGAGAGAGAACAUAUUUAGGAUUCGUUGAUUAUUUUAUAAAAGUCAAACAGUGCAAUUGUGAAGAACUAAUGUUUACUGGAGAAAAUUACGCAUUCAAUACGUUAGGAUAUUUACAUAAAUGUCAUGUUGAUGAUACUUACAUCCUUAUUCCAGUUGAAAAUAUUGAUAAUGCAUGUGUUGUAAUCAGUUUUGAUGACAAAAUCUUAGAAAUUGACUGGAAGAGACCUGGUGCAACGAACACAGCACAAGAGUGA